AGACAGAAUGCAACGGAUAGUCGCUCUCGUUCUUCUCUGUCUACUUGCGGCCGUCUGCACAGCACAAGAUGAAAUAGACGAUUUGCCUGUGGUGCGAGCGCAGCUCUCUGACACUACUUGGGAUUUUCUCCCUGAUCUCCUUCAACGAGCCUACCGUAGUAUAAGAGGGGAGAAGAACAUUCCAUCUUUCAAACGCACACCCUCUGCGAAAUGGAUGCGAUUCGGAAAACGAUCGCCUAAUGCCAAAUGGAUGAGGUUCGGCAAAAGAACCCCAAACGCAAAAUGGAUGCGAUUCGGUAAACGAUCAGAGUAUGAGCUUGAAGGAGACGACGAUCUGUACUGAGCUUCACGAUAUCUCCUUAAAUAGCCCAUACUGUCAACAAUUCCAUCUCUGCACUCUAUUAGCAAUAUCCAAGAGUGUUUAUGUCAUACACCAUCUAUAGACAACUGCAUACUGUCUCAAAUGUUAUCGGUCUCUCUUUCUAAGAUACUUAUUCGCACACACCACCUUACAUGACCACGAUCUCACCCCGUGCGUCGCUGACCAUCAUCGACGCGCCGCGCGCCAAGCCUUGGCAUUGAAGUAUUUCUUACUGUAUUGUGUAGUUUUACAGUAAUCUGAUCAAAAAUGAUGAUCUCGAAUGUCGGUCGAUAAAUGUUUAUUUUUGUUUA